UUCAAAAUCAUCACCGUCAAUGCAAUCUUUACCUCUAAUUCCCUCUCACGCCUGUCUGUCUCUCUCAUAUUGACUCUCUCUCUCUCUCUCUCUCUCUCUCUCUCACACACACACACACACACACACACACACGCCUCUGCCCUCCUUCCACACUAUCUUUCUUGCGUUGUCUCCAUAGCCGUCGGGUACAGGAGCAUCACCGUCAUCGCACCAAUGUCGAUCCACCAUUGGAGCAUUACCCCGGCCGAUGGAUCAAUCAAUGGCGGUUCCAAGUUCCAACCAAGGGCUGAGAUUAGGACCCUUUUGUAGCUCACCCAUUUCUAUUCCCAACCUAGAUACACAAACACAAAUUUAGAGAAAGAAAGACGAAGAGAAGAUUGAGAAGAGAGAGAGAGAAGAUGAGCAGUGGUAGUAGUACUAGUAGCAGUACGAGACCUGUACCUAGAAGAGAGAGCCCAUGGGGCACUCCCGAGGGAGAUUAUCGGCAGCCAAAGGCCCACAGAUGCAAUGAUCGAGCUGAAGAUGUCAUCCAAGCGUGCUUUGAAGGUAACCCGUUUAGGACAAUUCCUGGUCCUUUCAAGCUCUUCUGGCAAUGCAUGCGCUCAAAACCCGGUGAAGAACCAACGGAACCAUUCUACUAUUUGCAAUUGGACCCACCAACAAGAGAAGUGAAGCUUGAGUGAUGCUCGUCUCCAAAUGCCAUAUAUCUGCUUUUAGGUGAAAAUCAAUUACAGCAAAUUUCUCAGUUAAGUGAUCCAUGAGUCUCACCAGCUUGGUCCACAUUUUGACACAGGAUAAUAGUAAAUGGAUAAGAUUUUAGAGAUUGUUACUUUAGUCAUAUAUAUUCUGUGUCUGAAUCGAUUAUAUGCAUGUUGUUGCAUGAUCAGAAGAGAUCAAAUAUAUUACCUGACUUGCAAUUGUCCACUGAACAUCUAUCGGUAAUUGUACAAAAUCGUUGAAUUUAGUCCCUAUGAGUACUGGAAUUGUCGUCUACAACAAUUACAAAAAAUUUAGUUAAUACAAAUUAGAAGCAAGGUCAAGGGUCCUCUAUAUUUAAACUUCUA